AGUGCACAUCGAUUACAAUCAUGUUGCAGUUGCUCUGGAAAGCACCCAUUUUACUAGGACCACCAGAACAGGUGACACUAUAUUGUUGGGAACUUUGAGGCUUUUGCGCCAGAAUGACUCAACAACCAACGGCUACAUAGGCAACUCAACGUUGUGUUAUUUUUCGUUUUGUCCUGUUCGUUCCUCGUAGUUUAAAAAGUAAGUGGUGCUAAUUGUGUGCUAUCGUUUCACUUCCGUAUUUCGUUUGACGUCUAACUCCCGUAUUAACGUCAGUUGUACACCACUUUUUCGGUAUGAAGAGGAUAACAAAGUGGGGUCAAUUAUAUAAAACACGCAACGAUUCGGACUCAAGUUCGGUCCUGGAAAACUUCAAUGGCAAGCUACCUAUGCUCCCUCUGGAGGUCCUGGAGGAGAUACUGCUGAAUGUACAUCCACACCAGGUGGUGUGUGUCUGUCGACUGGUCUGUCAUGAGUGGAAAGAAGUAGUAGACAGUGAUUCUCUUUGGAGAGAGAGGUGCCGAAGAGAGGGAUACCAAACACAUGAUGCCACUAAACUACCUGAAGACUGGCGUUUAUUUUACUUCUUGUGUAAGAAGAGACGUAAUCUUAUCAAAAACCCCGGAGCAGAGGAUAAAUUCAAUGGCUGGCAGAUCAUGAAGAAUGGAGGGGAUCAAUGGAACAUAGAGUCAGGGGACCUUAAUAACACGGCCACAAAAUACUUUGUGACUUCUUACGCGACCUGCAUGAAGUCUCAGCUGAUUGACUUGGAGGAAGAGGGUUACAGGCCUUCUUUCAUGGAUGCCUUUCAGCCUGCCAUAGUAAUAUCUGACUGGUAUGCUCCACGCCGGGACUGUGGCUCUGAAUAUGAGAUCUGUGUUGAGUUGCUAAAUCAAAAGAAGAAGCCAAUUAGGAAGUUUAGUCCAGAUGCUGUCAUCUUUCAACAGUGGAAUGAUCAGAAAUGGAAUCAGAUGACUCAUGUGUUCAAGAAUUAUGGACCAGGAGUGCGAUACAUCCGAUUCAUUCAUGGGGGAAAGGACACUCAGUUCUGGGCCGGCUGGUAUGGAAUAAGGGUCACCAACAGUAGCGUUGAGAUCUGCCCAUCAGUGGACAGAUAGCUUUCGGGGUGUUGCCAACCUCUCAAGAGGUUACAUGUGAACGUUGUGCCUACUUGAAAGCUUUACUUUAGCAUCUGAAAUCUCCCUUAGAAUAAUUUUGUGUAUACCUUGUUCCAGUUUUUCUGUCUUAGGCAAUAUGAUGUUUCUCUGUGAAUAUAGACUAUUUUGGCUGUAGAAUAUAUCAUUUGUGUCCAUCUCUGAAUUGUACAGACCAAUACAAAUAUGCACUGUAUAUGCACUGUAUAUGCCUGUAAUACAUUGAAGCCAUAAACAAAGACAGACAGACCAAGGAGAGAAAGGAUAGUGCUAACUUGAAUGUAAUUUUGUAUGUAUAUAAACGUCUGACCCACUUUGACAAAUGCCACACUAAACGUUUGCUAUCUUUUUGUUGAACUCACCUACUUUUCUUAACAUGUAUAAGAAUGUAAUUGUUAACAUGUACAGUGCCAGUCAAAAGUUUGGACACACCUACUCAUUCCAGCGUUUAUUAUUUUGUACGUUGUUGAAUAAUAGUGAAGACAUCAAACUAUGAAAUCGCACAUAUGGAAUCAUGUAACAACCAAAAAAUGUGUAAACUAAAUCUAAAUAUAUUUGAGAUUCUUCAAAGUAGCCACCCUUUGCCUUGAAGACAGCUCUGCACACUCUUGGAAUUCUCUCA